UUUCAUAGUUGUCGAUAGCUUUAUGAGAAAUUUACAUUCCAAGUAAUGUGAGUUCCAGACUUUUUCAAAUUAGUGUAGUGUUAUAAUAGGAUUUCAUAACCAAAUGUAUUAACAGUAAAUACAUUGUCGGGGAAAUUAUAUAUGCGGUACGACCAGUAAAAUAACAGCGCAAAAUACACAGACGGAACAUUACAUUGUUAUAGACUUUUCGAUAUAUCUUUCCAGCCUAGGCAACUUACCAGCACAGAACUAUGUGUGAUGUUGACGUUCGUUUUUGUUCAAAUUGCAAGCGGGAGGUUCCUCAAAGUAAUUUUGUAAUGCACAAUGUGCAUUGCCAGAGGAAGCUUGCUCUCUGUAUAAAGUGUGAUGAACCUGUACCAAGAUGUGAGCUUGCAUCUCACAAUACAAAUUUCCAUGCAGUGGUUGAGUGUCCAGCAUGUGGCCAUCAGUGUGAAAAGAGACAUUUAAUUGAUCAUCAGAAAUCAUCAUGUAGCCAUCGAGCUGUAUGCUGUAAUUACUGUCAUAUUGAAACAGAAGCUAAUGAAUUGGCAGAACAUGAAAAUUACUGUGGAAGUCGUACAGAACGAUGUGAAGAUUGUGGAGAAUUUGUGAUGCUAAAGUAUCAGCAGCUACAUCUGGAUUCUAACCAUGCUUUCUUGAAACUUGAAGAUGAGCCAGGUCCUACACCUUCAUGGAGCAAUACACGAGCAACAUCUUCCAAUCUUCUCAACGAUUUGAGUCGCCAGCGUAAGGUAUCAAAUGCCAGUCAAGAUUCUGCACGCCCAACUUUGGCCUCCAAUCGGCUCUCUCCCAGCAAACGCACUAAUGAUAUGCCUCAAGUCAACUCUGCCACUACUGCAACUCCUACAAAAGAUCAUCAUAAGACCACUAUUCCUUCAGAUGACAGUGGAGUUGACUUGGAUCGUUUACUGGCCCUCCGACUCGCUGAACAAGAACGGAUGUUGCACACUAUCCCAUCAGCUCCGUAUCUGGUUGAUGUAGGAGUCCCUGCCCAGAGAGGUGGAGAGCUUGUGGCAUUGCCGUGUGAGUUUUGUCAGGCCAUGGUGCCAGCCAAUCAGCUUGUCCUCCAUGAGACAGGGUGCCAUCUGGAUCUCGCUCGUUAUGAUCCUGCUCCUGUACCACUACAGAGAUGUAGGACCCCAUCUUCCUCAUCAGAAGAAGAUGAGCAAAGUGAUGGUUUGCCAUGCGAGUUCUGUGGUGCUCUCUUUCCGCCACAGUUUCUUCUUCAACAUCAGGCUUUGUGUAAUGUCACACCACCUCUGCAUGAUGGCAUCCUAGUAAAUGAAUUGGGUCCUCUACCAAAGUCUAGCAAUAGGACAACUAAGAAACUGCUGAAUCUGGACACAGACACGCCACGUCUCUUCCCCCCAACAUCUGUGGAUCAGACGGAUGCUACGAAUCCAUAUCUGAAUGAGAUGCGGGCAGCUUUGAAGAAACCUAUGGCCAGUGUACAGCCUAUCGGUCACCAGUACUUGGCUGGCUCUGAAUUUGCUCAACAGAAUGAAUUUGAAAGUGCAAACUGCCAUUCAAACGUUCCUUCAUCAGGGUGUGCCAAUGGGAUGGUGAGUCAUCCUACCUCAACUGGAGCAGUACCAAAACAGAAGGCAGGAAGGCGUGCCAGCACCCAUGAAGUCUCCCAAGAAGUACCGCGCCCCCCUGCCACCACAGUAAAUCAAUCCGGUCAUAUACGGUUCCAACAUACUGAUGCCAAAAGUGAAAUUCUAUUCAUUGCUCACAAAGCCCUGUCAUAAGAGCUGUAUUUCCAAGAUUGAGGGUGGAAACCAUCGUCAAGCUAGAAGUCUCAUUAAACAACAAAUAUCCAGUGUGUUAAGUCCUUACUUUACAUUCUCAGCUAUUUCAUUUUGAACUAAGUUAAGGAAAGUGUAAUGUGAAAAAUAUGUAUAAAGACAGGGUUUGUAUUCAAAUAAACAUGAAAUUCUUGCUUUUAUAAUAUUUUAAAACUAGCAGUGACAGUUACUUCAGUAUUUCUACUCGUAUAUUGUGAUUUUGUUACAGAAGCUUGUUUCAUAAUUGUACUGAAGUCAUUUUCAUUGCAAUAUGAAAUGAUGUACUGCAUUUUUGUAAAAUUAUGUUUCAAAUUGCUCUCUCUCUCUAUCUACAAUCUUUAUUCCUUCCUUCUCUUAGUCUUUUGAACACUUAUGGUUUCUCAAGUUUAAUUGAAAUUGUAGCAUAGUAACUAGGCAUGUGUAAGUCUCACAUUCUUUUAGAUCGAAUCAAGAAAUAAAAUUAUUGAUCUCAAUUCAGAUGUUAGUUUUUCAUUCUCAGACUUCAAGAUUUUUCUGGUAGUUACCUUUGCUUUGCAAAGAGGGGCUGGUAUCACAUUUGACCAAAUGGAAGACAAACCCCUCCCCCAGGGGUUACACAACUGUGGGUCACCAUUAUGAAUUUGAUUGAUACAUACAAAUAAAAUAUUUUCAACCUGUUGUAUGUUUUUAGAAUGUUCAUAUCAUAGAUUGCACCAAGGACCAGUAGUUCAUACUAUCGCAGUAUGUGAGAGUAGCUUGUGAAGAAGUGAGAGAGAAAUGUAUUUUUUAAGUCCUGUUCAGGAUGGUGUUUACACAUGUUACAGAGGAGUAGGUUUUCUUUCUAGCCCAUACCUUCACUUUGCACUUUGAUGCAUUUUCAAUGAAAUGUUAGUGUAUUUCAAUAUACAGUGCAGUUGCAUCAUUGAUGUUGCAGGUACAAAAUCCAUUGUCAUAAAAACAUUUGGCAAUGAAAAGAUGCUUGUGACUGUAAUUUUGAUGGUUUGGCAGACAGUAUGAAACUGCAACCAUGUGUUAUGGCAGAAAGGUAAAACUAUCCCUGUAACAGGCCAUGGAGGCCAAUAAGAUUGUGAGACAUUGAGGCUCCAACAUAUUCUAGACAGUCGGCUUAGAGAUGUAGGUGAGGUUGUGAGUUCUGUAUUUCAGCAUCCCGUUGCAAUUGUUUAACUUAAGGU